UCUCUUUAAUUUCCAUCUAUUUUCUUACCCUCUUAUCUUCCUCCAAAAUUGAAUUUAAUCUUCUUCCCUUCCACGCCAGAUCGAGCACAUUUCCAAAGAGGCUAGGGCCCUGCAGCUUCAACAUUAAUUUUCUAUCUUGAUCUAACUACCAAUCUCCUUAAGAGCAACCAAAAACAAAUUUCAAAAAUACUUUUUUACGUCAAUAAAAGUUACGUUAAUUUUAUUUUCUUGAUGAGAAAUAAGGAAGGACAAUAGAUUUGAUUUGAAAAAAAAAAGAAGACAGAAAAUAUAGAACGGGAGAAGGGAUCGAUGGGGAUCACUUUAGUUUUUGUGUUUGUGGUAACAUCACUUUGUAUCGUCACAACUCCAUCGACAUCAUCAGAGGUGGCCGACGGGAAUCCCGGUCAAGUUAGCGAUGAAGAGUACUGGAGUCGGCGAGCGAAGGAGGCUCACGAAAAUGCUCAGGCAGCCUACCACCCUGACCCUGUCCAAGUCACCAACCAUCUCAAUGGCCAAGUACACGAGGCUUUGUCGGGAGACAACAACACAAGGCGAGGGCUGGGCCAAAAAUCAGGAGGAGGGAAAGGGUCGCUGUGCCAGGCCACCAACCCCAUCGACCAGUGCUGGCGCUGCGACAGAAACUGGGCCGCAAACCGCAAAAGGCUAGCUGACUGCGCCCUGGGUUUCGCCCGCAACACCACGGGCGGAAAGGACGGAGAGUUUUACGUCGUCACCGACCCUUCCGACGAUGACGCGGUCAACCCCAGGCCCGGAACCCUCCGGCACGCCGCCAUCCAGAACCGCCCGCUCUGGAUCACGUUCGCCCGGCCCAUGGUCAUAUCCCUAACCCAAGAGCUCAUGGUCAACUCCAACAAGACCAUUGACGCCCGCGGGGCCAACGUCCACAUCGCCAACGGCUGCCAGCUCACCCUCCAGUUCGUCGACAAUGUCAUCAUCCACGGCCUCCACGUCCACGACACCCAGCCCUGCUCCGGUGGUAUGAUCCGCAGCUCCGAGGACCACUUUGGGUUCCGCACUCGCAGCGACGGCGACGGUGUCUCCCUCUUUGGUGCCACCAACAUCUGGAUCGACCACCUCUCCAUGUCCAACUGUGCCGACGGCCUCAUCGAUGUCAUCAUGAAGUCAACCGCCGUCACUAUCUCCAAUUGCCACUUCACGCGCCACAACGACGUCAUGUUGUUCGGGGCCAGCGACGAGGAGGCCCAGGACAAGGUCAUGCAGGUCACCCUCGCAUUCAACCACUUUGGCCGCGGCUUGGUUCAGCGGAUGCCACGCCUGCGGUUUGGGUUCGCCCAUGUGGUCAACAAUGAUUACACCCACUGGGAGAUGUACGCCGUGGGUGGGAGUUCCAACCCGACCAUUCUGAGCCAGGGGAAUCGGUUCAUUGCCCCGCCCAAUGCGGCUUCCAAAGAGGUGACCAAGAGGGAGUACACGGACCAGAGUGUUUGGAAGUCGUGGAACUGGAGAUCGGAGGAGGAUUUGUUGUUGAACGGGGCAGUUUUCGUCCAAUCCGGUGGCCCCAUCACUAGCUUGGACCAAAAGACUGUGAUCGCGGCUAAGCAGGGUUCAUUUGUGAGUCGUUUGACCCGAAGUGCCGGUUCGCUCGACUGCUCUGUGAAUAGACCCUGUUAAGAUUGAAAAUUGAAUUUUCAAGGUAUGCGUUUGCGUUGAGCUCUCUCAUAAUGAGAAAUUUGGUCUGACAUAGGAAAGAGGCAGAAGAAAAAACAGAGAUUUCUUUAGCUGGCGCAUUAGGGAUUUUGUUUUUUUUUUUUUUUUUUGGGAGAGCUUUGGGUGGGGCUAUUUUAUGUUGUUGAAUCACCACCCAACCCAACCACAUCUUCUUUGUAUAUGUAUUCAUUGAUUCUUGAUUAGGCAGCCAUUUUCGUGCUGCCGAAUGCAAUGUAAAAAAAAGUUGAUUCUUUAGUACUCUGCUUAUCAUGCU